AUACAACACAGAAGCGACAUGCCAUCUGCUCUGCGUUGGCUGCCUCGGCUUUACCAGCGCUGGUCAUGUCUAAAGGUCAUCGUAUAGAGGAAGUUCCUGAACUUCCUUUGGUGGUUGAAGAUAAAGUUGAAGGCUACAAGAAGACCAAGGAGGCUGUUUUGCUCCUGAAGAAACUUAAGGCUUGGAAUGAUAUCAAAAAGGUCUACGCUUCGCAGUGAAUGAGAGCUGGCAAAGGCAAAAUGAGAAACCGUCGCCGUAUCCAGCGCAGGGGACCCUGCAUCAUUUAUAAUGAGGACAAUGGUAUCAUCAAGGCCUUCAGAAACAUCCCUGGAAUUACUCUGCUUAAUGUAAGCAAACUGAACAUUUUGAAACUUGCUCCUGGUGGGCAUGUGGGACGUUUCUGCAUUUGGACUGAAAGUGCUUUCCGCAAGUUAGAGGAGCUGUAUGGCACUUGGCGUAAAGCUGCCUCCCUCGAGUAACUACUACCUCCCCAUGCGCAAGAUGCUCAAUACAGACCUUAGCAGAAUCUUGAAAAGCCCAGAGAUCCAAAGGGCCCUCCGAGCACCACGCAAGAAGAUUCAUCGCAGAGUCCUGAAGAAGAAUCCACUGAAAAACCUGAGAAUCACGUUGAAGCUAAACCCAUAUGCAAAGACCAUGCGCCGGAACACCAUUCUUCGCCAGGCCAAGAACCACAAAAUCCGGAUGGACAGGGCAGCAGCAGCGCUAGAAGUCAAAUCAGAUGAGAAGGGGAUUCCAGGCAAGAAGCCUGCGGUGGGAAAGAAGGGAAAGGAGGCUGUUUGCGUUAGGAAGCUGAAGAAGCCAAAGAAGCCUUUGGUGGGAAAAAAGGCUGCAGUGACCAAGAAACCGGCAGCUGAAAAGAAGCCUGCUAAAAAGAAGCCCAGGGGCUUCCCUGAAUCCAUCUAG